AUGAUGCCGGGAGAUGAUGUCAGCGGCGGGCGGGCGCUCAGCCAUGGUGUGAGGGCAGGGACUGAGCCGGCCCGGCCCGGCCCGGCUCGGCGGCGGCAGCAGCACCAUGUCGGGCCCGAGCGCCGUGUCGGACCCGCAGCACCCGGCGCGGCUGCUGCGGGCGCUCAGCUCGUUCCGGGAGGAGACGCGGUUCUGCGACGCGCACCUGGUGCUGGAGGGCGAGGAGAUCCCGGUGCAGAAGAACAUCCUGGCGGCCGCCAGCCCCUACAUCAGAACAAAAUUGAACUACAAUCCUCCAAAGGAUGAUGGCUCAACGUACAAGAUUGAACUUGAAGGGAUAUCUGUUGAUAUCAUGAAAGAGAUACUAGACUACAUCUUCAGUGGGCAGAUCAGGCUAAAUGAAGAAACUAUCCAAGAUGUGGUACAGGCAGCUGAUCUCCUGCUGCUUACAGACUUAAAAACUCUCUGCUGUGAGUUUUUAGAAGGUUGCAUAGCUGCUGAGAACUGUAUUGGUAUUCGGGACUUUGCACUGCACUAUUGUUUGCAUCAUGUUCACUACCUUGCCUCAGAGUAUCUGGAAACUCACUUUCGAGAUGUCAGCAGCACAGAGGAAUUCUUGGAACUGACUCCUCAAAAACUGAAAGAAGUGCUGUCGAUGGAAAAGCUCAAUGUUGGAAAUGAAAGAUACGUCUUUGAAGCGGUGAUUAGGUGGAUUUCUCAUGAUUCAGAAUCCAGAAAGGUGCACAUGAAGGAUGUGAUGUCGGCAGUGUGGGUGUCGGGGCUGGACGCGGCGUAUCUGCGCGAGCAGAUGAUGAGCGAGCCGCUGGUCCGCGAGAUCGUCAAGGAGUGCAACAACAUCCCCCUGACACCCCCGCAGCAGGGAGAGGCCAUGCUGGCCUCCUUCAAGCCCCGGGGCUACUCCGAGUGCAUCGUGACUGUUGGGGGGGAAGAGAGAGUAUCACGGAAACCAACCUCAGUGAUGCGGUGUAUGUGUCCUCUUUAUGAUCCCAAUAGACAGCUCUGGAUUGAACUUGCUCCUAUGAGUAUUCCAAGGAUCAAUCAUGGAGUAUUGUCAGCAGAAGGAUUUUUAUUUGUGCUUGGUGGUCAGGAUGAAAACAAGGGAACGCUAAGCUCUGGAGAGAAAUAUGAUCCAGACACCAAUUCAUGGAGUUCCUUACCACCAAUGCAUGAGGCACGACAUAAUUUUGGUGUGGUAGAGAUUGAUGGGAUUCUGUAUAUUCUGGGAGGUGAGGAUGGUGAAAGGGAGCUGAUCUCUAUGGAGAGCUAUGAUAUUUAUAGCCGGACCUGGACCAAGCAGCCAGACUUGACCAUGGUUAGAAAGAUUGGCUGCUAUGCAGCUAUGAAGAAGAAAAUCUAUGCAAUGGGUGGAGGCUCCUAUGGAAAACUCUUUGAAUCUGUGGAGUGUUACGACCCCAGGACCCAGCAGUGGACAGCAAUCUGUCCUCUCAAAGAGAGGAGAUUUGGGGCAGUGGCCUGUGGAGUUGCCUCUGAGCUUUACGUAUUUGGUGGGGUCAGGAGUCGUGACGACAGCCAAGCCAGUGAGAUGGUGACGUGCAAAUCAGAAUUUUAUCAUGAUGAGUUUAAAAGGUGGAUUUAUCUAAAUGACCAGAACCUAUGUAUCCCAACUAGCUCUUCUUUUGUGUAUGGAGCUGUGCCCAUCGGAGCCAGCAUAUACGUGAUUGGAGAUCUCGAUACAGGUACAAACUAUGACUAUGUUAGGGAGUUUAAGAGAAGCACGGGCACCUGGCAGCGCACCAAGCCGCUGUUCCCGUCGGACCUGCGCCGGACGGGCUGCGCAGCGCUGCGGAUCGCCAACUGCAAACUCUUCCGGCUGCAGCUGCAGCAGGGAUUGUUCCGCAUCCGCGUACCUUCUCCGUGAUCCGUGCGCUGCCUGCCAGGGGACGAGACUGGAAGAGUUCUGUGCAGUCCACCAUAAUCUAGCUCUAUUUAAAGGAAAAGCUGAGAAAUUACAGCUGAAAAUUACACUGUAUGCUGUGCUUUGGUAUGGUAACUGUUUUUGUUUUAAAUGCUUACAAAAGCUUGAGUCUCAGUACUUGUUUCGGGAACAAAUAACUUAAGUACACAUUAAAGAAGAGAGAAGGGGGAAAAUAAAAGGGGAGAUCAAGGAAACACCUUCAGUCGUAACCAUUUGGAGUUUAAACCUUGUUAUGGAAGGAGGAUUUUGUGUAUGAAACUGGUGGGAAUCGGUUUCCUUUGGCAAAGCUUAUUGAAAAGCAAAACAAAAAAAAGCUUUCAGGUGCGUUUCCCCUGCGGGGAACUGAUACGAAUCCAUGUGCUAUCUGGAACUGGAUAGCUGUUAAUACACAGAAGCUACACGAUAACCAGCCUCCCUGGUGUGCUGCUGUUGGAGCAUGAGGCCCCAGGAGGUUUGGUUGUUGCACCUUUUAUUCUAGUCCUUUCUCAAAAGAUAAGGUCUGUGCCUAAAAAAUGGUGGAGGUGUGUACAUACGGUUUUUCAUUCAUUUGCAACGGUUUCAUUCUGACAAAUAUUUUUAAUAUAUAUAUAAAACGGACUAAUCUGAAAUGGAUACACCCCAGAAAAUGGAUACAGUACACCACAAAGAACAGUUUUUUCCUACGCUGUCAUUCGAGUAGCCUGAUGAACUGGUCUGCAGGUGGGUGGCGUGUGCUUCUGGGUGGGCUUUGGUGGCUGUUUUCCUUGAAGUGAAAAGGGAAGACAUGUUAGGAACAGUUAGUCAUGAUUGCUGCUUUUGGUAAGAGCAAAAGGACAAACUAAAUAGAUUGUGUUCCUUUUUACUUCAGAUUGCUUGCAAGCGAAGAAUGGUUUUUAAGACUGAGGAUUGUAGAAAGGUGUAUUUUAUGUCUCUUAGAACAAAGGUGAAAUAUGACAAGGAUAUAUUUAUUUUACAGAAAACAUGGGGUUUGGACUAAGAGUUAAGGAAAAUUUGUACAGUGACUUUAAAUUGGGAUCAAAAGUUGGUUUACUAAUGAUUUCUGUGCUACAGUACAGUCUUGUUUACUGCUGUCUGACUUUGAAAGCUGGGUUUUAUGGUGUGGUUAUAGUGAAGAACUUAGUAUCUUGCGUUUUAUUUCUUACUAAGCCUUGUUCACAUCAGUAGUGAUAUUUAAUUGACUUUUUGUUUGUAGUCAAGAUCAGCUGGUAGAACAGUUUUACCUCAAUUUUUGAUUUCAUUGUUGUGAUGGGUGGGACAUAACCUGUAUUUAUUUAAAAGGAAUAAAAUGGGAGAGAUGGAAAAUAGAAAUAAUACCUCCUGCCCUUCAGAAAAAGAGACUUUGUACAACCAGUAUUAUAACUGCAUACAAGACUUUCCACUCUGCAACUCUGUGGACCUCAGACAAGCCAAACUCUGCCCUCAGUUGUGUUAGUGUAAACCUAUGUCAUCUUUAUUGAAAUCAUCCUGCAUAUGUUGAAAUAUGAUCCCAAACUAGUUCAAAAUAUUGGUAUUUCACUAAAUAGUCCUUGAAGAGCCAUUCUUAAACUUAUUUCUGCUCAGUCCUUCCAUAGCACUGAUGCGGGGUUGGAAUUACUCUGAUUCCUGAGCAGAGGAGUGUGGGAGGGUGGGGAAAAGGGCAGCAGCCAAUCCAUUGACCUUUUUUUUUUUUAUUAUUUUUAUUUUUUACAAUGCUGAAGUGCUGCAAAACUUGAACUAUAUAAAUCGAUUUUCUGACCUAUAUUAGUUGGCAUAUUAAAAAGUUUAUAUAUUUAUGCAUUGCAGUAAACUUGGUGUGUGUAUAUAUAUGUCUUUAGAUUUUAAAUUUAUAUAUAAUGCUUUACUACAGAAAUGUGAACCACUAUUUCCAUCCUUGGCUGGCUCGUGAAAUAAAUCAAGUGCUGUUAGUUUAUCUGUUAAACCUCCCUUUUUUGAAGAAUCUUACAUGGAUCAAUUUUUUUUUCCUCAAAGUGCCAAGAUCCCAUAUUCAAAAGUGAUGAAUGUUCCUAAGUAUCUGUUUCACUUUGAGCUCAGUUUCCGGAAAUGUUAUUCAGAAUAUUGCCAGCUGCUAUCUCCCGGGUCCCUGUAACUUCCCAGUACACUUGAGGGCAUUCAGCAUCCAGAAAACGUAAGUGAUAAAUGCACAUGAUAAAUCCAAGUAAAUACUCUUGCAGUGUUUUGCAGUUCAAGUUACUGAACCAAAUGUUUACACUUAGAGUAGGAUUAACACUAGGCGUUCUUAGUUUGGUUUUUUUUUUUAAAGAAAACCUAAAUAAAACAAACAAAUCUGCUGGUGAUUGGAGCGCGUUGCGAAUGCACUCAGUGAGAUUUGACCAAGAAGUUUAAGCCUCUGUACCUGAACCAGUCACAAACUGAAUUUCUGAGCACAUUGUACUCGUGUCACGUUCCACGUGGCUGGGGACCAAGUCUCCAGGGAUGCUCUCCAGGGGUUUCGGGUAUGUGCUCAAGAUUUAGGCACUCCUGAGAUCUCAAAACCGGCUUCCUUGGACUUGCCUAAGGGGAUGGGACCAUUCCCCAUCUGCAUUGUCUGUGGGACUGAUCCAGGAGCUGUUCUAGCCUCUGUGUGUGCAGGAGGGAAGGGAUGUGUCUUCCUGUCUGUCUGUCCAGCUCUGAUCUGUGAGUGCAUCCCUUGGAUUGUGCAAUAACCAGGUUCAAUUUCCCUCUGACUUUGGAGCCAGGCUCUGAGGCCAAGGCUCCCCUUUCUGCAGGGAUUGUACCAGUGGUGGUGUAGGAGUGAAGAGGCAGAGCUCACCUCUGACUUCUCUUUCUCUUUUCUGAGAGAUGGUUGACUUCAGAAGGGGAGGGAGGCUGUGAUGGUACCAGAGGUGCUGAGGAGAGGGAGAUCACCAGUUUGCUGAGUGUUGAAUGUGCAAACAGCUGUAGAUUGAACUGGGCUCACUGGUAAAUGCCACCCCUCAGCUGUCCCUGCUCUCCUAGCACUGUGUACCCCUGCACAUGAUGGCUGAACCACAUGGGAAACAACUCAGGAGUUUUUCUGAGUUGCAGUUCAGGGGUUUCAGGUGGUUUGGCAGCUUAGAAACUUGUUUAAGUUGUCCUUGCUUAGCACAGUGGCCUUAAUUCCUCCCAGCUCAUGAGUUGGCACUGACAUUCAGCCAGGUCCUCUACAGGUUUGAAUGUGUGUCCUGGCCAGCUGUCCAUGCAGGAUGAGGACUGGCUGGGCCACCUUGAGCUUGAGGCACUUGGGCUGGGUCUCUGCAUCCAUUUUCCUUUCCCUGGUGAGGAACUGGACCAACCCCAGCUACUGAAAUCAGAAAAUCACCAAGUACAGGGUAGGAAUUGUGGAAGAUGGGACAAGUGGUGUCUUUUUUCUCCCUUUACUCCAUCUCUUCUCACAAUUCCCCCAAGAAAAGUUUCUUCCUUUUUUUUCAUGUGCCACAGAUAAUUUUGGAAAAAGUUUGGAAUUGUCAAUUUUAGGGGAAAAGUGGGGGGAAAAAAAUAUAUGCUACUGUAAGCAUGCAGCAGUGUCCUCUGUGCUUGUUUUACACUUGUAGCCUUGUGGCUGCUCUGCACAGCAGAGAGAGAUUACAGAAGCAAAGGUGUAAAGUGCUGUUGCUCUCAUAAAAUAAAUCCCUUGAGUUUCUGAGGGAGGCACAUGCCUGGCUCUGUUCCUUACCUGGCCUUGACAGAUGCUCAUAUUCCUAAAGAGUCAGGGUUGGAUUUCAGAUCCUCUCCCUGGUUUUGUAACUUGAAGAAGAGGCAUCCUGAAGAGUCCUCUGUUUUGCUGUACCAUAGCAAGAUCUAGUUUUCCUUAAAUAUUUUGUCAGCUAAUCCUUAAAUUUUAGUUAUUGUGAAAGUGCUGUGUCAGCCCAGCUGCUUCUGGUCAAGUGAAUUUCUGUAGCUUUGAGGGUACUUCAUCUUUAAAUUGAAGGCAAAUUAAUACAAAACUACACAGAAGGACAGAGGUGAAUCUGAAACCAGAAGCAGCUCCAAAUCAGCUCACUGAUAGCUGUGGGCAGGCUGUGUCCCUGGUGUUUGCACAGCACGUGCCUGGCACACAGCCUGCCUUCAGGAGCAGAGAUCUUGAUGAAAAUAAGGUUUUUAUCAAAGCUACUGAACCGCCUGGCUUAUGAACUCCCCCUCCAGAACACACCAGGCAGCUUGGUUGCUCUGCAGUAUUUCUGGUGCCUGCAUGACUCAGUAAAUGCACAAGUACAGGACUGAGGGGUCUGGGGAGGUUUUCCCCUGUUUUAACUGCAGUUUCUCUGUUUGUUCCAUAAAUGCUGUGCAGGGGCUCUGCUACCAUGCAUGCGCCAUGCGGAGUGGAGGAUGCAAUAACAAAUCCAAAUUGUUACAAGUGCCAAACUUUUGGAUUCUUCUGUGUAUAACAAUAAUUCAACUGUUCUACUAAAAUACAGAUAUGCUUAAAAUUCACUGUGUUCCAAAAAAGAGCAGUUGUUUUUUUUUUAAAUGUAUGCUAUUGAAAGCAAUGUAAAUCUACUUUUUUUUUUUUUUAAGUACUGUUCUGCAGGUUUGUGUUACUCUUCACAGCUGCCUUGAGUAUCACUUCAUGUGAUGCAUAUGGACACUUUGCUCUUUACUAGAGCACUGGUGCCAUGCAAGUAUAUAAUAAAAGGCAGCUGGCAACAGGAUUUAGUAUUUAAAAUUAUAACUGUUUAGAUUAAGUGCAAUUUGUUUGCAUUUAUCGACCUGCAGAAUGAAGCUGUGCCUCGGGAAGUGUGGCUGUGCCCAGGGACACGGGCAGACUGAGCAUUGUAACUAAGGUGUGGUUUGGUGCCACUCACAGCAAUGCUUUCCAAGGAAUUAUAUUUAAUUUAGUGUUAAAUGGAUCCUUUCUGCCUCUAAUUUAGCACUGAGGAUUUGGGGGUUGUGUUCUCUUUAGCUCUUUGGAGUGCUUAAAUGGCUACUUCAGGUGGGUGGGAGGGGUGUUAAUUGCAUCCGUGUUUGUAGAAGCUGCUAUUUCCAUCUUCCCAAAGGAGUAUUUCCUUUUCCCGUUCAGGACUGAGUACAGGCCUGUGUUUCAGUCGUCACUGCUGCAGCCUUUUGACAUUUGCCAUUUUCUGAUGCUCUUCCUUGUUUUUUCUUGGAGCUGUGUUUCCAGGGCACACGGUCUGUGAGAGAAAAGCACAGGGCUUGGGAAGGUGAGCCAGUAAAAGCUAAAGGCAGUGGGGUUUGGGGGAAACUCUGCUCAUUUUCUGUGGGGGUCACCUCUGUGUGCUCUGAAGUUUAUUAAUAAGUUUGGCACCUGCUCUCCAUCAUCCCUGUGGGUUUUGGUGUGGGGUUUUUUUUUGGUUUUUUUGGCUUUUUUCCUUUCCUUUUUUUUUUUUCCCCCUGGGAAAUUCCUUGCUGUAGGAAGGACUGCAGCCAGGGUUUAAGGUGACACCUCUGACCAGCCAUCCCAGUGUGACUCUGCAGUCUGACUGCUGCUGUGCUUCAGCAAUCAAUUCUCCCAAAAUUUUGAUUAACGUUACCUAAAAACACAGACUAAAGCCAUUCAAAGUGCCCAGCUAGAUAAACACCUGUUUAAAAGGAUUAAGGGUAAUAAGAGAAUUAAACUAUGAGCUACUGCCAACAGGUGAUUAUGUUGAAAAUUUA